UGAGAUCCAAUCACCAAACUUUUGCUCUAAAACAAUUCAAAAACAUACUAACACGCUUGCUGGUUUUUAAAUUUGAUGAGUUAGUCUGGAGCAAAGGAAUUUGUUGUUCAGGCCGACCAGCAUGUGCACAGACUAACAAAAUUCACAUCUGUAGACCCAAAAUUGCAGAGUGAGAGAAGAAGAAGGUGAAAUGACGAUGGAGCAUGAGAAGGAAAGAGAAGUUGAGCUGGAGAGUGCAAUGUACACCAACUGUUUGCUGUUAGGUUUGGAUCCGUCGAUCAUCGGCAUCGGAGCCGGCAACGGCACGCCUCGAGUCGGGCUCUUUCGUCACUCCAACCCUAGAUUGGGCGAACAGCUUCUUUACUUCAUACUAUCUUCUCUCAGAGGCCCAACUCAAUCUGCUAAAGACUUUGAUAAGGUAUGGCCGAUUUUUGAUUCCGCCCAGUCUCGAGAUUUCCGCAAGGUCGUACAAGGAAUCAUAAGUGAGCUGGAAUCGCAAGGGGCGCUAUCCAGGAGCAACUCAAGGGUAUCAUCUCUCGCUACUUGUUGUGGAACGAGAUUUGUCGAACUCCUUUGGCAACUUUCUUUACAUGCUUUGAGGGAGGUUCAUAGGAGAACUUUUGCAGCUGAUGUAGCGUCCAGUCCAUUACCCGCUUCAUUGACAGAUGUAGCUUUCUCACAUGCUGCUUCACUGCUUCCUGUAACCAAGGCUAGGAUUGCUCUUGAAAGAAAGAGAUUUCUGAAAAAUGCAGAAACAGCUGUGCGCAGGCAGGCAGUUUGGUCUAAUUUGGCUCAUGAGAUGACGGCUGAAUUUCGUGGCCUUUGUGCGGAAGAGGCAUAUUUGCAGCAAGAACUUGAAAAAUUGCACGAUUUAAGAAAUAAAGUCAAGUUGGAGGGUGAACAGUGGGAUGAGCUUGUAUCUAGUUCAAGUCAAAAUUCACACAUGGUUCAAAGAGCAACUCGCUUAUGGGACUCGUUACUAUCUUGCAAGAGCCAGCAUGAGAUUCUUGCCUCAGGCCCCAUUGAGGAUCUUAUAGCUCACCGUGAACAUAGGUAUCGAAUUUCUGGGUCAUCAUUGCUUGCAGCAAUGGACCAAAGUUCUGCAGUUCCUUCUGAUUUAUCUGCAUCACAUUCCGAUAAGAAAGGAAGCGAGGAGAUAUUUUCACAAAUGGAUGAUAGAACCUCAAGAUCCCACCGCACGGUUGAUGUAGCAGAAGUUUUGAGGCGAUGGACUCAUGCCCUACAACGAAUUCAUAAGCAAUCACUUCAAUUGACUAAAGCAAAUGAUGGAGAAGGACCAGAGCUUCUACGAAUUUCACAUGAUGGUAGCACAAGUAGUCAUGCUGAAUCUUUAGCAGCAACACUAGCUGAACAUCAGCAACAUUUAGCCAGCAUACAGGGUCUCAUUAAUCAACUGAAGGAAGUUGCUCCAGCUAUACAGAACUCAAUUUCAGAACUUAAUGAGGAGGUUAAUAGUAUUUCUUCCAGUUUACCUGGAAUGGCCAGACACAAUGGCAGCUCGAAUUCACCUGUCCAAGCACAGAGUAGUGGGAGAGCGCUGGAAAAUAGCAUUGAUGAAGUUGCUGACAUGAAUUCCAGAUUGUCAGCCAUUCAGCUUGAGAAUGCUUCAGCAACCCCUUCUGCUUUAAAGCUUUUACCUUUAUUUAGUUUAACACCUAGUUCUUCUGGGAAAGGCGGGAACAAGCAGAAGAGACAGAUACUGGCACCAACCAAGCAUGCAGAAAGCAUUUCUGGAAAAUUGUUCAUGGACCAGCCCCUGUUAAAUAAUCAUAUGGAUAACCCAUCUCAAGAUGAUGACAUUUAUUUUGUACAAAACUUGAAAAGAUCAGUCAGGGAAGCUGUCCAUUUGUCCCAAUCGAAUAAUCUAGAAUCAUCUCAAGGCAGUCAUUAUGAUGAGAGCUCCGAGCACUACUUCGUACCACAUUCAGGAGCAGCUGGGUUUUCUCGUGUUGGCCAAGACACCAAAUCAAUCUUGUCAAGCGCUGAACAAUUGUUUUCUUCUGGAUCAGACUCAUCCUAUCUAGUAACUAGUGGUUCAGAAAAUAAUGCUGGUGGCAAGUCUGAUGGGUUACCUGAUAUACUAACUGAUCUGGAUUCUUUUGAUGACUUCGAUACUAUGAAUGGGUUCCUCUCUGCUGUGGGCUCAAACUCUUCAGUUUCUGAUGCACCCAAAUCAUUUUAUGAUAUGGAUGAAAUUCCUAACGAAGUAUUUUCACCCCCUUUACUGAUCGAGACUUCAUUAUUAGGCGAUGGUUAUGAAGACUUGCUUGCGCCAUUAUCAGAGACCGAUGCUGCAUUAAUGGAUCAUUGAGAUUAUAGUCUGCAUAACCGUGCUGAUAUGCCCGAAACGGGUGCUGCAGAUUUGACUAGGAUGCCCCACGUCUUGUAUUUUGUACUUAAUAUUUAAUCAUUUUUUUUCCCUUUGGUGUACUUGGCAGAUCCAUCAAAUCUGAAACCAUCAUCACCUAAUGGGCACCUCAGACCUGGUCGUGCUCGCGGAUGCAUAUAAAGUCCUUGUCUGGGUAAGUUGUCUCUCCGGGGUCACUAUCCUCCCAGACAAAACAGCUGUGCCGAAAUGGGAAGAAACCCCUCAAGUCUUUGAUCGUCUCACGGCGUGAAUCGCGUGAUGGCUUGUUAGUAAGAUUCUAGCUGUGAAGUGAACAUUCUUUUCUUUUUUUUUUCUUUGAACAAAAUGAAUGUUCAAAAUCUUUACUUAUUUCACAAGAACUCUCUGUUUUAUAAUCAAUCAUCUUCUUUCAA